AUGAAAAAUUUUUCUGAGACAAUGACCGAACUUGGUCAUAUUUUUGUAGCUAGAAAAAUUUAUGAUACAGCCUUGGUGCAUUACACAAAUGCUCUCUCAAAAGAACAAAGUCUUCGCAAAUCGAGUGUACUUAAUUUAGCUCUUAUCUAUAAGAACAUUGGCUUUGUUCAAUUGAUAAAGCAGUAUGCUGAUUAUUCUAAUGUUAUUGAAAAUUUGCUGCGUGCAUGCAAAUUGGAAGAAGAUCAUUUACCUCUAGGAAAACGUUAUCGUCUUACCGAUACAAAAUAUAUGCUUGGCUUCGCCUACUAUGCUUCGAAUCAGUGCGAUACAGCUCUGAAAUGUUUUUAUCAUGCACUUGAAAUCGGACAAAAAUCUUUACCAGAUGAUUAUUCAUCACUCUCUACUAUUUUACUUAGUAUUGCUGCUACACUUGAUCGCAUGGGACGACGUAUUGAAACGCUUGAAUAUAUAAAACAAGCGAUUCACAUGGCACGCAAAACACUUCAGUCACUUCAUCCAUUGCUUCAAAAACUCGAACAAACAACGUCGUAA